AUGGAGCCCGGCGGGGACCACCGGAGCCGGAGCGGCGGCGGCAGGGGCGGCCCCGGGCCAGCAGUGGCCUCGGCACGGGGCCGACGGCUGCCGCCCGCCGGGUCGAGCGGCGGCGCGGACCCGGAGGAGGACGAUGGCGGGCCAGAUCUUCAGCUGGAAGGGGGUGCCUUGGGGUCCUGGGGGAGCGCCCCCCCGCCCUCGUCUAGGGCUAGGGCACCCACAUCCUCAGGCAGGAAAUACUCAGACCACUGCGAGGCCCGGGCCUCGAGGCCUGGCAAGAGCCGCAUCCCCGGCCGCGACCACCGGCGCUACUACCACGACCACUGGCGGCUGGAGUACCUGAUGGACUUCAACCCCGCGCGGCAUGGCAUGGUGUGCAUGGUGUGCGGCAGCUCCCUGGCCACCCUCAAGCUCAGCACCAUCAAGCGGCACAUUCGGCAGAAGCACCCCUACUCCCUGCACUGGAGCCCCCGGGAGAAGGAGGUCAUCAGUAACAGCUGGGACGCCCACCUGGGGCUGGGGGCUUGCGGCGAGGCCGAGGGCCUGGGGGCCCCGGGGCCGGAGGAGGAGGAGGAGGAGGAGGAGGAAGAGGAGGAGGAGGGGGCCAGCCUCCAAGCUUGCCCACCCAAGGGCCCAGGCAAAGCCCCAGCCGGUGGGGGCUGCGGGCGCCAGCGGCGUGGGCGCCUCUCGGCCUCCCGGAGGCCGGGGGGCAGCAGGGGGCUGGGGGCCCGGCGCCUGGAGCGGACGCUGAAGGAGUCCCUGCAGAACUGGUUCCGGGCCGAGUGUCUCAUGGACUACGACCCGCGGGGGAACCGGCUGGUGUGCAUGGCCUGUGGCCGCGCACUGCCCAGCCUGCACCUACAGGACAUCCGGGCCCACGUGCUGGAGGCCCACCCCAGCUCGCUGGGGCUCAGCGGCGCCCAGCGCAGCGCCCUGCUGCAGGCCUGGCGGGGCCGGCCCGAGGCGCUGUCUGAGCUCACCCAGCCCCCAGCAGGCGAUGACCUCGCUCCCCGGGACCUGACCAGAAAGAGCCGGCACUCGGCCUCUGCUGCUGCUGCCCCCUCCUCUCAGGACCUCAGCCCCCCCGACGUAAAGGAAGAGGCUGGCUGGGCCCCUGAGAGGCCCGGGCCCGCAGAGGAGGCGGGCGAGGGGGUGGGGGGCCGCCGCCGGCAGGAGCGCUGGCGGCUGGAGUACCUCCUGGAGCUGGACGGCGGCCGGCGCGGCCUCGUGUGCCUGGCGUGCGGGGGCGCGCUGGCCUCGCUCAAGAUGAGCACGGUCCAGCGCCACAUCCGCCGGCGCCACCCGGGCUCCUCGCGCCUCGGCGGGCCCGCGCAGGCCCUGGUCGCCCAGGAGUGCAGCGAGAAGGCCGCCCGCCUGCUGGCCUCGGGGCUGCGCUGCCCCGAGUCCCCUCGGGGCCCUGCCGCCCCCCGCACAGCCGCAGCCUCCGCGGAGGGGGGAGGGGAAGAGGAGAAGCAGCCAGAGGAGGAGUGGUGGGGCGACAGCUCGCUCUCCCCGGGGGCUCCGCUGGAGCGGUCUGCCGAGGAAGAGGAGGAUGAAGAGGACGGCCAGGAGCCCGGGGGGCUGGCUUUCCCGCCGCUGCCACCCCCGCCGCCUCCCCCGCCGCCGCCGCCGCCGCCCCCGCCCCGCAGCCGGGAGCAGCGGCGGAACUACCAGCCGCGCUGGCGGGGCGAGUACCUGAUGGACUACGACGGCAGCCGGCGCGGCCUGGUGUGCAUGGUGUGCGGGGGCGCGCUGGCCACGCUCAAGGUGAGCACCAUCAAGCGGCACAUCCUGCAGGUGCACCCCUUCUCCAUGGACUUCACGCCCGAGGAGCGCCAGACCAUCCUGGAGGCCUACGAGGAGGCGGCGCUGCGCUGCUACGGCCACGAGGGCUUCGGGCCGCCGGCCCCGGCGCCGCGCGACAGCGGCGCGGACCUCAAGCCGGGCGCCGUCUGCCGGGCGUAG